AUGAGUUUCGAUGGGAAAUCAAGUCUUUUGAACGGAGAAGAGCUGCACGUUGGCGAACGAUUGACAUCACCGGAUGAGAAAAUCUACCUGAUAUUGCAAACCGACGGUCAUCUAGCAAUUUUCCGUAAAGAUGAUCCUAAUCAAGCACUGUGGAAAUCGACAAUCGAUUCAAAAUUAUCGAACAUUCAAGGACCAUUUGUAUUGAAAAUGCAAGAAAAUAAUGACGCUGUUGUUUAUGAUGGAAAAAGUCAAACAAUUUGGCAUACUGCCACUCAGUGUCUCGAUUUUCCUGGUCUGUUUCACUUAGAAAUCGACGACGAUGAAGGUUGUUAUGUUCGCGGCCGAAAAAACGAAAUUGUUUGGACAUCCUAUACAGGUAUUCGUUGUUUUCAAGAAGGAAAAGAAGGCAUGUCUGUACUUGACAAAGGACGAGAUUUAUAUACAAAUCAAUGUCUCGUAUCAUCAAAUGAAAAGGUUGCUCUCAUGGUAGAAUCAGACGGUCGUAUUGCAUUGUAUAAAAGAGAUAAUUAUGGUGAACCAACAUGGCAAUCGACAAUUACUCCGACAGUAUCAAGUAUAGAAGAACCUUUUGUAUUCAAAAUUACUGAUGAUAAUAAUAUCGCUGUCUACGAUAUAAAAGGGCAACUUAUUUGGAAAACGAACGUGUCAUGUGUGGAUUGUGAUAGUCGUUUAGUUCUCGAGGAUGAUGGUCGUCUGCUUUUACACGCGAAAGAUGAUGCAAAUACACACAUUUGGUCAAUGAAAGAUGGUAAUAUAGUACACUACAAAUCAGUUUAG